ACAUUGCAUGCUCACAAUGUCAUUCGAUUUAUCCUCUGGAAACAAGUCAAAGAGUCUGUACAUUUAAGAAAUUCUCUCAAUCCGCCAUUUGCAACAACAAUCUCUUUAAAGUGUCAACCGGAAAUCGUUCUCUUCCAGCAAUGGUAUAUCCAUUCAACUCUCUGAAGUACGCCUUGCAACAAAAAUUCUCCAAGCCAGAUUUCGUGUCCAAGAUCAAUUUGUGGAGAAGUCGUCAAAUAAUUGAAAACACCAAACUUGACAUUUUCGAUGGUGCAGUUUGGAGUGAUAUUAAAGACAUCAAUGGCAGACGGUUUGUUGAUGGUAGCCGAUCUUUAAUGUUGACUCUGAAUAUCGAUUGGUUUCAGCCAUUUGAUGGACGAACACAUUCCAGUGGUGCAAUAUAUCUCUCUAUCAACAAUCUCCCAUGGAGUGAACGCCUUAAGUCUGAAAAUGUCAUUCUUGUUGGUAUGAUGCCUGGGCCGAAGGAAGCAAGCACUGACAGCAUGAAUCAUUACUUGAAGCCGCUCGUUGACGAAUUGUUGGAGAUGUACAUUGGUGUAGAAAUGACAGACUCACAAAAUAGAAAGAUUGUUGUUCGUGCUGCAUUGAUGUGUGUUGCCUGUGAUAUCCCUGCCGCUCGCAAAACCUCUGGAUUUACUGGCCACAUGAGCACAUGCGCCUGUCACAAAUGUCAACGACAAUUCACGACUAU